AUGGUAUUUGGGAUAUUGGAGGCAUAUGAUAAAAUGCCUAUACUAAACUCAGCAUCAAUAUUGUUAGUAGAUUCAGAGACAGAGCAACAAAAACAGCUUGCUGAUGGUAUUUUGAAGGAGGAAAGAAUGUUCAGAGUAAAAAUCCACUUUGCCAUUAAUCUGCCUUUGCCUUCAAGUAUACAUGCUCUCAGACCCCAGAUUGACCUAGUUGUAUUUCUAAUCAAUCUGCACAGUAAGAAAACUCUUACAACAGUGGAAAUGUCCUUGCUUUAUUUGGAUAAGAAUUUGUUUCUUUGA